CGGAGAGAAGGGUGGUGGCAGGCGACGGCGCCUGUUUGGGGUUCGAGGAGGACCGGCGCUGGGGUCAGGCCGCCCGAAGGCAGCCGCGAGUGGUGGACGGCUGUGGCCGAAGAGAGAAACGUAUCUGACGCAACCUGCAGCAAGUGGUGGACAGUCUUUGAACCUUUCCCUGCUUGGGAACCUUGGAUUCUGACUGCUCCUUCAGGAGAGCUUCUCAGAGCUGGAGAAGGAAGAGGGAGGGGAAGGGAAGGAAAGCCGCAGCUGUUCCAGCAGACUUGUCUCGUCUUGUAGUCGGCGUGGGAAGCAAGAAAGACUCAAGGAAGUUGCUGUAUGUGGACUCUGUGAGAGAGUAAGUCACGCGGACUUGUAUGUAACUGCCUCAGCUUGAUUACAGAAGAGCUCUGAGGAGGGAGAGGACACCAGAACCAGUAGUAGUCCUAAUGAGAGACAGCCUCUUUUUUUGCUUCUGGAGAUUUUAAGAACCUUGUGCUGAUUCUUUCGGCGGAACCCUGUUUAUUUUUUCCUUGUUUAUUGUAAACUGUGUUACACACAGUUCUCCUGAGCAUUUUAAUUCCUGAAAGAACUGUGUGAAGGCUUGCCGCCUGCCUUUACUUCUGCUCUUACAGAAAUGCUUUCUUUGAAGAAAUAUUUCACAGAGGGACUCAUCCAGUUCACCAUUCUCCUCAGCCUGAUUGGCGUGAGAGUGGACGUAGAUACCUACCUGAACUCGCACCUUCCUCCUCUGCGGGAGAUCUUUCUGGGCCAGAGCUCAGCUUACACUCAAACCCAGUUCCACAAUCUGCGCAAUACUUUAGACGGCUAUGUUAUCCAUCCCAAAAGCGUAGACCUGGACUACUAUUUCACAGCUCGUCAGCUUCUUAACCAGGUGAGGGCCCUGGAUCGCUUCCAGGUGCCCACCACAGAAGUCAAUGCCUGGUUGGUCCAUCGAGAUCCUGAAGGUUCCGUCUCCGGUGCCCCACCCAGUACUGGCAUCAUCCUGGAGAACAGUGGCGGCUUGCAAAAUGGAACUGUUACGGACAACGUGGUGAGGGAAAGUGGAACAGAGCAAGGCUUUGGCGAAGAGUUGGAAGACUUGGGUGCGGUGGCUCCUCCUACGAAUGGGGACUUAACCAAAGAGGACAUUGAUUUAAUUGACAUCCUGUGGAGACAGGAUAUCGACCUUGGAGCUGGUCGUGAGAUUUUUGACUACAGCCACCGCCAGAAGGAGAACGACGUGGACAAAGAAGCCAGCAACGGGCAGGAGCGUGGAGAUGGCUGGAGGAGCCGAGAGGGCAACGCUGUGGACAGGGCCCUGCUAGUGGAUGGCGAGACAGGGGAGAGCUUCCCUACACAGGUGCCUGGUGUGGAGGACCAGACAGCCUUGUCUUUGGAGGAGUGCCUUAGGCUGCUGGAGGCCACAUUUCCCUUUGGAGAGAAUUCGGAGUUUCCAGCUGCAGAUGCCCCCAGCCUGACCGAAGCUGUGCCUACUGAGAGCGGGCCAUCCGUUGUCCCAGACGGGCUCCUGUCUCCUCUUCUGGUAGAGACGGAGUUGCCCUUUGACCUGGAGCAGCAGUGGCAAGACCUCAUGUCUAUCAUGGAACGGCAGGGUAUGGAGAUCAACAGCACAGCGGCCACGGAGAACUUGUACAACAGCACAGGCAGAGACAUCCUGGCAACCAAUUAUAGCCUUGCACCUUCUACCCCCAUCAAUCAGAAUGUCAGCCUGCAUCAGGCAUCGCUGGGCAGCUGUGCCCAGGACUUCCCUUCCUUGUUCAGCCCUGAGAUUGAGAGCCCUUCGCUGUCUGGCAGUGCAGCUUUGUUGCAGCUGGUCCCUGACAACUCCACCGGCUUCGGCUCCACUUUUGGCUCGACCAACCUGAGCGGGAUCUUUUUCCCGUCUCAGCUUAACAACACCGCAAACGAGACGUCUGGGCCUGACCUUCCGGAUCCUCUAGGAGGGCUCCUGGAUGAAGCCAUGCUUGAUGAGAUCAGCUUGAUGGAUCUGGCAAUUGAAGAAGGCUUCAACCCAGUGCAAGCUUCCCGCCUGGAGGAGGAGUUUGAUUCCGACUCGGGGCUCUCCUUAGACUCCAGCCACAGCCCCGCCUCUCUCAGCAGUUCAGAAGCCUCUUCCUCAUCUUCUGCCUCCACUUCUUCCUCCUUUUCUGAGGAAGGUGCUGUAGGCUACAACUCGGACUCUGAAAACUUGGACUUCGAAGAGACAGAAGGGGCUGUUGGGUACCAGCCAGAGUACAAUAAAUUUUGUCGCAUGAGCUACCAAAACCCUUCCCAGCUGCAUUACCUGCCUUACCUAGAACACGUGGGUCACAACCACACCUACAACAUGGCCCCCAGGACCUUAGAAACAGAUGAACCCGAACCAGCCAGCACGGGAAAGAAGAGUGCCAAGGAGAAGCAGGCGGAUUUCCUGGAUAAACAGAUGAGCAGAGACGAGCACCGAGCCCGAGCCAUGAAGAUCCCUUUCCCCAAUGAGAAGAUCAUCAACCUGCCUGUGGAAGAAUUCAAUGAGCUCCUGUCCAAGUACCAACUGAGUGAGGCUCAGCUGAGUCUCAUCCGGGAUAUCCGGAGGCGGGGGAAGAACAAGAUGGCUGCCCAGAACUGUCGCAAGAGGAAGCUGGACACUAUCAUCAACCUGGAACGGGACGUGGAGGACUUGCAGAGGGACAAGUCGAAGCUGCUCAGGGAGAAGGUGGAAUUCCUCCGGUCUCUCCGCCAGAUGAAGCAAAAGGUGCAGAGCCUCUACCAGGAGGUAUUUGGCCGCCUGCGUGACGAGAAUGGCCAGCCCUAUUCCCCAAACCAGUAUGCCCUACAGUACGCCAGUGAUGGCAGCAUGAUCCUAAUACCACGCUCCUUGGCUGACCAGCAGGGCAGGCGGCAAGAGAGGAAACAGAAAGAUAGAAGGAAGUGAGGGGCGGCAAGGAUCCGCAGGGGAGUUCAAAACUCACUGGAAUGACAUCUCGAGACGGGCUGAGCCCGGAAGAAGCUGAAGGAACUUUCAUGCCCUUCUUAUCCAAUAUAUCUUCUCAAACCAUGAUAGCUGCCAGUCAGUGUAUACAAGCAGACUGUAGGGAGGGGGGGCCAACAAGUCUAGAGGGGGCAAAAUGGCAAAGCAUGUUGGGAUAGACCUGUGCCUCUAGCAGCCUGGAACCCAUUGUGGAACGUUGGUGGGGGGUGGGGGAGAUAGCUGGCAUAACAUGUAUAAGGGAGGGGGGUUGAUUCUCAGCGGAGGGUGGAAAAGUCGAGUUGCCACAGCUGGGAUUAUUUUUUAAGAGGAGGGAAACCAGUUUUUCGUGGACAGAUGGAGCAGGCUUAAGAGAGCAUUUUGUUUCCUUUGAAAUUCCCCAAACGCAGAUAUGUCAGGUACCUAGGUUCUUCACCCCCCACCCCAUAUCUGACUUUUGAGUGCAUUUGAAAAACAGUUUUAUCCCACAGUUAGCCAGCCUCCUUUCUAAAGGGGUGCCAACGGCAGGCGGAAAAUAUUAACUUGGUUAUGGAUUUUGUUUUAGCCCCUUUGAUCGAGCGAAGAGGUUAACAUUCAAGGAGUGAACUAGUACAGUCUUUUCUAGUGGCCUUUUCACACCUGCCAUAACUGUUGGGAGGCUGGGACGAGUUAACAGAUCUGCUAAGGUGAUACAUGUUCCCCGUAAAUACUCACGAAGCAUGUCACUGCCCACAGGGGAGAAGCUGGCAUGGGUGCUGGGCCCACCCCCAUCAAGCUGCUUUAAGCGAGAUGGCACACAGUAAACUGCAUGCUCCAGCAUGCCAUCUUUCCCACUGAUUGGCUUGAAGAAACUGCUUUGGGGGAGGAGAUUGCAGAGGGCCUGGUGUGAAGGCUGGCUUCUUUGGCUGGGCGGAGUGUGUGUGAGGUCAUCACUGUUGGGUCUACAGCACAAAUGGGUCUGGUUCCCUUGAAGUGGGCUUGGUGCACAGAGAAAAUUGCCCUCUCAGUGACAAGCCCCUUUCUCCAAGGGUAGUUGGAUUUCAAGAAACGGUUCUUCUCUCCCCCCACUCUUUUGCACCGUAGGCUGAUUGUAGGAAAACAAGGGAAAUACCGUCUCCCUGUUCUGGAUGACCAAGCCUGCUGAAAGUUCUUUUUUUGCCAUAGAGACGUGGGAGUCCACGGCUGGCUUCCCUUGUUUUUUUUUUUGUUUUUUUUGGGGGGGGAGUCAAUCUGACCACCCUUAACCUCUUUUUAAAAAAUAAGGCAAAGGGUGAGAGGUAGUGCCUUGAACACAGCUGGCCUCAAGCUCCGAGGCUGUCCUUGAAGCUGUUAAAACAUGCAGUAUAGCACAGCUGGUAGUAUUACUGACCUUACCAGCACCUUGAGAAGCUUAAUGGCUUUGGGUUUUCCCCCCAGCCAGUCAGUCAGUCAGUCCUGUGUAUGUGAUGGUGUGUGAGGGUGUAGUGCUGAAAUGGGCAUCCUCCAGAGGACAGUAGGGGGUUACGAUGUGCUGGAAUCAAGGACAAAUGUAGUCAUCUGACCUCCUGUGACCUUGCCUUUUCAAGGGCAAGGUUUUGCAGAGAGACAGCGUUGGGAGGAGGGACAGCCGAGCCUCUUGUGUAAGGCGUGGCGGCAUGAAAACUUGGAAGCACAAAAUGGGUCCGAUUUGUGGCUGGGAUUUACUGGGUGCUUCGGAUGGAGCCCUGAUGUGAGCAUGUGUUAAUUUAUUUCUUUUUCUUUUAGAGAUUUUUUUAAAAUUUUGAAUGGUUUCUGUGAUAUGGGGGGGAGAGGAGAGAGUGAGCGAGCACAGGACAAAAAAAUAAAAAAGGCUUAUUCACUA